GACAGCACGACCUUUCACCGGCACAUUCAUCCUUUCUUCCUCUAUACGUCUAUAAAUAUAGAGAUAUAUAAAGGACCCAAUUCAGGACUUGGUCUUGUUCCUCCUCUUUCAAGCUUUCUUCCUGGCUUGGUCUCCAUCCACUAUUUCUACUCCUAUUUCCUGACUCUUUCCCCACGCGUGAUCGAUCCUACAUCUUCUUUUCGAAUCGGGCCAAGGAACAGAAUGCUAGUCCAGACUCUAUUGUUGAUUGCCUGUCUAGGGUACAGAGCGUUUUCGAUCCCCACUCCUUCCCCGGACACCCAUCAACGUCGGUCCUUCAAGGUGGAAAGCAUUCGGCGCGAUAAUGAUAUCCAAGGCCUUGUCGCCCUACGUCAGGCCUAUCGGAAGUAUGGAAUCAACCCGAUAGACCUUGGAGUCGAGCUUCCUGAUUUCGAACCGGUUGCCUUGAUGAACGCCGUUGCCAAAAAGAACGUCUCCGAGCCCGAGGCAGCCGGCGCCGUCAGUGCCGCCUCGGUUCAGGAAGACGCCGCAUUUGUCUCGCCUGUGACCGUCGGCGGUCAGAAGAUCAUGAUGAGCUUUGACACGGGCUCCGCUGACUUGCACAUUCGCAGCUGGGUGAUGAACCCCAAUGUGGCGGGCAUCGACCUGGCCGGCCGCGAAGUGUUUAACGUCUCCAAUUCAACCACGUUCCAGAAAAUGAACGACGCGACCUUCAGGAUUAGCUACGGUGAUCGAUCUUAUGCAUGGGGCUACGUCGGCACCGAUACCGUCAACAUCGGCGGCGCCGUCGUCUCGGGCCAGGCCAUUGGGAUCCCCACGACCGUGUCCAACUUCUUUCUCGAAGACACCCACUACAACGGACUGGCGGGGUUUGCCUUCUCGACAGUCAGCACCAUGCGGCCUCGCCAACAGAAGAACUUUCUGGAGAAUCUCGCCAAGGACCUCGACGAGCCCGUGCUGACCGCCUCUCUCAAGCCCAAGGCCGUCGGCGAGUACGAGUUUGGCUUCGUCGACCCCGACAAGUACCGCGGCGAGCUCGUCAACAUCACCGUUGAUCCCUCCAGUGGCUUUUGGCAGAUCCCGUCCCUUCAUUACAAGAUCGGGGACGGCACGCUGAUCAAGCGCGACAACGCCACCCCCGCUAUCGCCGACACAGGCACAACACUCAUGCUGCUCGACGACGAGGUCGUCAAGGCCUACUACGCCCAGGUCCCCAAUGCUGCCCUCCUCGUCAGUGUCGGCGGGUACACCUAUCCUUGCAGUCAAACGCUGCCCGAUCUAUCAGUUGGCUUCGGUGACAGCCACCUGGCUUACCUCCCGGGCGCGUUUCUGGGGUAUUCACAGGUCGGCACCAACCGGACCACCGGUGAACCAGUUUGCUUCGGAGGCGUACAAUCAAACCGGGGCAGCAAAAUGCAAGUCUUGGGUGAUGUCUUCCUGAAGGCAUUCUACGUGGUGUUUGACCUGCGCGGACCAUCUAUCGCGAUUGCUACGCCUCGCUGAUCUGGCCCAUGUGCUAUGUGUACUUUUUGGCUAUCCAUAGUUGGAAUAGGACGUGUUGGUUUGAUGGAUAUGGGAGUAUGUUAGUAAUGUUAGGAUGGCAGAAAUCGUUGUAUCUAUUGUCUACAAGUGGUGUUAGGAUC